CAGCGCCGCGCUUUCCGGCCGCCUUUGCAGCGGUGUCGCAAAAGGGCCAUGGCGUCGCCGUCGUCGUCGUCGGGGCGCCUGGUGCAGCUGAGGAGGGCUGCGGGGCUGAGGUCCCUGGCGCUGGCCAACCAGGUCUCCAACCGGCGCCUGAGGCUGGGAGAGGCAACAUGCAUCACAGAGAUGUCAUUAAUGAUGGCCUGUUGGAAGCAGAAUGAAUUCAGUGACACACUUUGUGCCCAGGAGAUCCAGACAUUCUUUGAUUGUGCAGCAAAAGCAGAAGCAGAACGCAAGGAGAAAAUUCGCCAGGAAUCUCUUGGGAUAUCAGGAAAUCUUACUCCAAAACAAGUCAAUAAACUAUUAAGACGUUUUCCUAACAUUACACACAAUUAUUAAAGAGCCUUGCUUUCCCAUGUAUCUAGACAUCAGGAACCAAAAUUGGACUAUUAUUUGGAGACAUUCCCUCCUGCUUUAUAUAUGAAUUUGAAGAGAAGUGCUCCAUGACUACAAGGACUGAAGACUAGAAUUGUCUGUUCCAGAUCAGGUGAAAUUCUAAAGUACCUUCUGCAGUGGAAGUUCUUUGAGCAGACAGAAUUUCACAUGAAAUGUUACUCAGUUCACAGUAUUUUUUUUUAGUCUUAUGUGAAAUAAAAUAUUCCCACUAAAUGUG